GGAAAGUAGCGCAAAAAAAAAUUAAGAGCGAAAACAAAAACGAAUCAGCACUUCUUCUUCUUCAUCAGAGUUCCAUACACAGAGAGGAGGAAGGAAAGCAAACAACUUCUAUGUAUUCUUUAACUGUGAACUACCCAGUACUAUAUAGAACAUGCCUCUUCUCUUUCUUUAUCUGCUCGUUCUUCUCUCUCUCCCUCUCCGAUCCUCGAAUCACCCAAUCCGGCCUCUUUUGCGGCAACUCAACACGUCUCAGGGACCUUGUCCCUGCUUUUGUUAAGGAAAUGGAAGCUCUUUCGCAGCUCAUAAACAAUACCCACUUUGCUACUUACCACCUCAACAACUCCUCUGUUCCUAUCUACGCUUUAACCCAGUGCCACGGAGACCUCUCGCAGACUGAUUGCCUCCUCUGCUACGCCGCCUCUCGCACCAAGAUCCCCCGUUGCCUUCCCUCCGUCUCUGCUCGCAUUUAUCUUGAUGGGUGCUUUCUUCGUUAUGAUAAAUAUGAUUUCUUUCAGGAGGCUGUGUCCCUUUCUCUUGAUACUUUCAAAUGUAGCCAGGAAAAUUUUUCUGGUUCUGGUGAUGAGAAUGGGAAGUUGAAGUUUGAUUCGAGUGUUGGGUAUGCGGUUGCUAAUGUGACUAGUAAAGCUGUGGAGAAUGGUGGGUUCGCUGUGACGGGGAUUGAUGGUGUUUAUGCUUUGGCUCAGUGUUGGGAGAGUGUCGGGAAAAAUGGGUGUGUGGAGUGUUUGGAGAAGGCAGUAAAGGAGGUUAAAGGGUGCUUGCCAAGCAAGGAAGGCAUAGGGAUGAAUGCUGGCUGCUAUUUGAGAUACUCCACGGACAAGUUCUUUAGUCAUGAAGGAGAACUAGGGGAUGCUCACGGAUUGUCAGGAGUUGCCAUUGCUAUUGCUUUAGCAGCAACUGCACUCCUCAUGCUGUCUCUCCUUGCAGCUUAUGCUGGCUAUAGAAAAUUAUUGAAGGAAAAAGAAGAACGUAUCAAUCUCAAAAAAGUUUCAAUCAGUUUCAACAAAUCAGGGUUGAAUUUCAAGUAUGAGACCCUGGAAAAGGUGACAGAUUAUUUCAAUCCGUCAAGGAAAAUAGGCCAAGGAGGAGCUGGUUCUGUAUUUGUAGGGACUCUUCCAGAUGGGCAGACUGUUGCAGUUAAAAGAUUGAUUUUCAAUACAAGACAAUGGGUGGAUGAGUUCUUCAAUGAGGUAAACUUAAUCAGUGGAAUUCAACACAAGAACCUUGUGAAGUUUUUGGGAUGUAGCAUUGAAGGUCCCGAGAGCCUUCUGGUUUAUGAAUAUGUCCCUAACAAGAGCCUCGAUCAGUUCAUCUUCGGAAACAAUAAAACCAGAACUCUAAAUUGGAAGGAGCGGUUCAAUGUAAUUGUUGGAACGGCUGAGGGGCUUGCAUAUCUUCAUGGAGGUUGUCAAGAGAGAAUAAUCCACAGGGACAUUAAAAGCAGUAAUAUUCUUCUUGAUGAGAAUCUCACUCCAAAGAUUGCAGAUUUUGGACUUGUUCGGUGUUUUGGUGCUGAUAAGACUCAUCUUAGCACUGGAAUUGCAGGAACAAUAGGAUAUAUGGCUCCAGAGUAUCUGAUACGAGGGCAGCUAACUGAGAAGGCUGAUGUUUACAGUUUUGGAGUACUGGUUCUUGAAAUCGUAAUGGGCAGAAGGUGUAAUGGGUUGAUAGACUACUCCAGAUCACUUCUGCAAACAGUAUGGCGACUUUACAGAUCAAAUAGAUUGGAUGAAGCUGUUGAUCCUUGCCUGAGAGAUGAUUUUCCAGUACAGGAGGCUUCCAAGGUGCUUCAAAUUGGCCUUUUAUGCACACAAGCUUCAGGUGCCUUAAGACCAUCGAUGGCAGAAGUGGUGGGGAUGCUAAAUAGUAGUGAUUGUGUAAUUCCUCUCCCAAAUCAACCUCCUUUUAUGAAUGCGACUCUGCUAGAACCUGAGAGCUCCAGAAGGUCUUACAGCGCAAAUAGUUAUGUAUCAAAUGCAGCCACAAAAGUUGAAGUUUAUUCCUACACUUCCUCGGAGUCCUCUAGCAUGAAUAGUUCAUAUAGGCCAUCAAGAAGUGAAAUGAAGACAGAAAUAAACCCCAACUAGAUUUCCUAUGUUUCAAAGAUUGCCAAGUUCAAAGAUUUCCUUAGAACAGUUUUUGAGGUAACCCUUGCUUGAACUUCUUGAGGUAAAAUACAGUGACUCUAGCUCCUAGUCUUUAUGGAAUCACUUGCAAGAUUGCAAGCAAGGACAUGCCAUGCAACCUUUUGUACAAAUUUAUAGAGAUACUAAAGAAGGUAUAGUUUAUGAUUAAAAACUUUUUGGUUGUGAAGAUUUACAGCAAGAGAUAAGUCUGUUAUUGAUUUA